AUGGUCAACCACGACAAGCCCCAGACCGGCCCCUCUUCCUCCAUGGAGCCUUCCCUCCAAGCUGCCACAUCUGCGGUACCCUCCCCGGCGACGAGGCUCGUCGACCUCAUGACCGAGAUGAAGGUGCUCCGCGAGCGCCUCCUCGCCCUCAAGAAGAGGCUGGCCGCCGCCGUAGAAUUGGCACGCUCCCGUGCGGUGAGAGCCGCCGUCCGCGCCACAGAGGAAAGGGUGCGCCGCGAGCGCCUCCGCGUCUUCAUGAAGAGGCUGGCGGCUGCCAAUGAGGCCAGAACGAACGGCACCGACCCGUACGCGCAGGGCGAGAUCGAUGGCCCGCGCGGCGACGCCUCUGUCGGCCCUGUUGUCGAGACCACCGACACUGAUGGCCCCAACGAAGGAGAGGACUCGGAGGGAGGUAAACUUGCCUCUCGCAACGACGGUGGCAGCCCCACCAACGGCGACCCGGCCAAGCGCAGUGAUGGACUCCAGUGGCCAAUUCCCAGUAUCAACAACAAGCCCAGCGGCGGCGACCUUGGCACUUGCGUCGACGAUGGCGGCCACGAUAGCUGCGACACCCCGAAGCGCAGUGAUGGGCUCCAGUGGCCGAUUCCGAGGGUCAAUAACAAGCCCGUAGCCACUGUUCAGUUUGGCCAGUGA